GUCGUAAAGUCGCCACUUACUCGGCUGCUUCUUUCCUCUGAGAAACCAUGGCGGUUACUCUCUCUGCAACGCUCUACUCCACCUCACUCCCUCCAAAGAGGAACACCAAUUGCGCCUCGACACCUGUAAUUUCGAAUCUGAAUAUCGGCAGCCUUCUUCCCAAUCUCAAUAGCUGCAAGAGACUGAUCAAAUUCUCACCGCGGCAAAGCCACGUCGUAGCCUCUGCAGUCUCUGGCUCUCCAGGGACCGAGUCUUCUUUGAACGGUGAAGAUGCAGCGAGUUUAUUGGAGACGGUGAAGGUGUUUGAUUUGAAUGGAAAUGGAAUUCCGAUUUCGGAUUUGUGGAAAGAUAGGACAGCUGUCAUCGCAUUUGCCCGCCAUUUCGGAUGCGUAUUUUGCCGCAAACGGGCUGACUAUCUUGCAUCAAAGAAGGAUAUAAUGGAUGCAUCUGGUGUGGCACUUGUUUUGAUUGGACCUGGUAGCAUUGAUCAGGGAAAAGCAUUCGCUGGGCAAACAAAGUUCAAAGGAGAAGUUUAUGCAGAUCCGAGUCACUCAUCAUACGAGGCAUUGAGAUUUGUUUCUGGGGUCUUAACCACAUUUACUCCCAAAGCAGGUCUUAAGAUAAUAGAGUUGUACAUGGAGGGUUACCGGCAAGACUGGAAACUUUCUUUUGAACAGGACACCGUGGCCAGAGGCGGCUGGCAGCAAGGUGGAAUUCUAGUUGCGGGUCCUGGUAAAAGUAACAUCCUGUACAUCCACAAGGAUAAAGAAGCCGGGGAUGAUCCAGAUAUCAAAGAUAUUCUAAAAGCAUGUUGUGGAGAUGUAAAUUAUGUAUAGUCUUUACCUUUCUCAUGUGGAUUGUGAAUUCUGCGUAGUCUGUGGUCACUUGAAAGGAGGCCAUGAGAGCCUAGGAAAAUAUACACAUACCAUUCACAUUGUAUCGUAGUAUACAUGAAUAUGCUUCUGUUCCUGAUUCAACUGGCUCAUGAAGUUUCAUGGAUGUGAAGAACUAUUGAAAGAUCUGAGAUUCUGUGAUUAAAUUAAAGCAAAACGCAAGCUUAGACUGUUCUGUUA